GUCAUAUUCAACCCCUUCCUCCCCGUCGACUCGCCUCAUCUCCGUCGCCAAAGAUGAUGUCCACUCGUGCUUUGGGCCUCGGACCUGCCCUGCGAAGCGCUGCACUGAAGCCGAAAUUCGCGCAAGUAGCUGCCGUUCGCCGGAUGGUGGUCAAACGCGGCAUUCAGACAAACUCCCUUCCUCCUUCGGCGUCCCAGGAGAUCCUCAACGCGCAACGCCUGAAGCGUCCCUCCAGCCCUCAUUUCACCAUUUACCAGCCCCAGCUGACAUGGCUGGGCUCUAUUGCCAAUCGUAUGACCGGUGCCGCGCUCAGCGUCUUAUUGUACGGAUACGCGAUUGCAUACCUGGUUGCUCCGACCACUUUCGACUCCACACAUGUCAUCGAGCUUGUUGCUAGCCUCCCUGACGCCGUGAAGAUUGCCGGAAAGACCAUUUUGGCCGCGCCUUUCGCGUUCCACUCCUUGAACGGACUCCGCCACUUGAGCUGGGAUAUGGGCAAAUUCUUAUCUUUGAAGGGAGCGUACCAGUCUGGAUACGCCGUCCUUGGCGCGACCGCAGUGACCACUGUCGCCCUAGUAUUGAUGUGAUUGCAUUCACUGUUGUAAGCUACCAGGAGAUCCAAUCGCAGCGAUCAGAGCUAG